AUGACUGAUACUGCAGCCGCCGAAACGGCUCCUCCAGCCGCUGCCGCUCAAGUCAAACCUCCCAAGAAGAAGGUGGCUCCCCGAUCGAAGGCAGCCGGUCCCAAGUUAGGCGAACAGAUCCUGAAGAUUGUGGCGGGUUGCAGCGAUCGCAAGGGGAUGUCCCUGGCCGCGAUAAAGAAAGCUUUGUCUGGCAGCGGUGUCGAUGUGGGGAAGCUGGGCUCCCAGAUCAGGUUAAGUAUCAGGAGGAAGGUGGAGAGCGGCUCCCUGGUGCAGGUAAAGGGACAGGGCGCCUCCGGUUCCUUCAAAAUCCCUAAGAAGGAAUCCCAGGGGAAAGUGGGAAAGAAGGAGAAGAAACCAACAGCCAAGAAAUCUUUAGUAAAGAAACCAGCGGCCAAGAAGGUGAAAACAAAGAAAGCAGCAGCCAAGAAAUCUCCAGCCAGGAAAGUAGCAGCCAAGAAAUCCCCAGCGAAGAAAGCAACAGUUAAGAAAACAAGCAGCAAGAAGGCGGCAACUCCAAAAAAGGCGGUGAAGAAAGCAGCGCUGAAGAAAAAAUCUCCCGCCAAGAAGCUCACGGGCGGAAAGGCUUUAAAAAAAGUGGAUAAAUCGAAGGCCAAGCCCAAAGUGAAAGCAGCAAAGGCUAAGAAAGCAGCGCCAGGAAAGAAGUGAAACCAGCCGAGCAAAUUGUAAACCUCUGAACACAAAGGCUCUUCUCAGAGCCACCCACGUCUCUCAGGAAAGAGCUGAUCCCCGAAUCAAAUG